AUGCCGAACAGCCAAUUAGAAAAGUUCCAUUCUCUACCAAAUGUGCACGCACGCACCGCUAGCGAGGCUGAUGAUCGCCGUCUCUACAGUUUAUCUUUGUCACAGAUUAAAAAACACGCCGAGUUCGCAGAGUACCACCAUAAGCCUACGCCUUUUAAUAUUCGCUGGAUCCACGGCUACAAUCCAAAAGUGGGAGUAAUAAAUUUAAACGAUAAGGGUAGCACUACGAUAUUCUAUGGAGCAUCGAACUGUGGGGUGCUGUACAACUGGACCACCAACCAAAUGAGGAUACUGCAGGGACACAGACAUAUAGUGUCAUGUAUAGCAUCUGAUCGAAAAGGCAAGUGGCUUGUAACAGCAGACUCUGGCCCUGAAAACAUUAUUAUAAUAUGGGACAGCAGUGAUUAUUUCCCACAGAGGACCCUAUUCUCACCCCACGGCGACACCAAAAUUUCUAAAGUCGCUUUAAGUGCAGAAGCCAAGUAUUUGUUAACUUUAGGGUAUAAGGAAAAGGCUGUUCUGUUUUGGUGGAUUUGGUCACUUGGAGAAGAUGAACCUCACGCUAUCUUAGAAGUAGAUUUGCCUCGGGACUCUGUCGUGGCGAUGGAUUUCAAUCCCUAUCAUUCGGAACAGUUUUUGUUGAUAUCAAAAAACGAUAUAUACAUAGGAGUUUCGGGCAAAGUAUUUGUAAUGGAGAGAGGUCUUAUUAAAGAAACAGACAAAUAUGAAUUAAAAGUAAAAAAGCCUGAGAAAAAUAUACAACCGGAUUUUGGAAAGCUGACCUGUUUCACUUUCGUCCAAGAUACUUCACAAGUACUCGUUGCCACUAGUAGGGGCGCUGUACUGGUCUAUGGGUACACUAUAGAGUACCAGAAGAAAGUAGAACCUAAGAGCUUUGAGAAUUUGAGAUUUGUGAAAGUUUUCAGAAUUGAAAAGUAUAAAAUAAACGUCAUCAAAAGCAUUGAUGGAGUGAUAACAACAGGAAACAACGGUGGUGAGAUCCACUUCUACGACGAGCAAAUGAAGCUGCUGUACUGGGUGCAUGGCUUCCAAGUGGAUAGCGUGCACGGCCUCAGUUUCAACAUCUCGCCUAGGAGCUACCAGAUAUUUGACCCAAAAUGUAACAAUCCAUGCCUUUGUUGGGAGAAAGUAACAACGGAAAUAGAUUCUGAGACUGGGCUUCUGAGACAGAAGUUACUCAAGCAACAGUUGCCCAGCGACGCAACUAUGGCAGGCAAACCGAUCAUCGUCCGAGAUUUUAUUGUAUGUACUCACAAUCAGGGUGUUAAUUUCGUGGACUUCGUGACUGAGAAGCUGGUUACUGUGCUGGACAACAAGAUAUCGCAUGCAUUGUCACUAACAGUUCAUCCGGAGAAGCAAUUAGUAUGCAUAGGAUACGCAGAUGGUAUGGUAGAGUUGUACAAUUUCUUACAACACAAGCUGAUCUCGAGGCUCGAUCUGCGAGACCACUACAAGGUGGUCAUACCUCCUAAAUGCGAUUCAAUAAAGUGUAAUUACGAAGUGACAAUACCGCAGCUUUCCGUUACGUGUCUGAAGUAUUCUCCUUCAGGUUUCCAUCUUGCAUGUGGCUUAAAUACUGGCGAGCUGUUAUUUUUAGAUCCAAUAACUAUCAACAUAUUAACGGAAACUCCAUUCAAGGACACGAGUCAUGCAAUAAAAGAUAUUACAUACAGCUGUGAUUCCCUGACUUUAGCUUUUGCUGAUACAGGCAAAACUGUCGGCGUAUAUAAGUAUGAUUGCAUUACGUUUAAAUGGAAUUUCAUUGGAAAACAUCGUGCUCACUAUAAAGACGUAACAUCUAUCCUAUUCUUGCCGUAUAAGACAGAAAAGGAUGAAUACCAGUUAGUGUCCUUCGGUGCAGACAGAACUAUAGUCGAAUACGAUAUAGGCAACAGCUCAGAAGAAUACUUGGAAAUAUUUAGUCUAGACCGUGUGGAUCAGAGUGCAGUGCCGCUGGUCGGGAUCGCGUGGCCGUCUCCAAUGACCUUAGAUCCUUUAGAGCAUCGUAAUGAUAUGAAUUUGAUACUGAUUGCAAAUGACGAGCAUAAAUACAAAUUAAUCAACUGCGCAACGACAAUGACCAUGUCAACGGUGCUGGGUCCUCGUUAUGAACAUCCUGUGCGUAAGAUCGAGCUGAUUUCCAGGAGAGAGGAAGGUGAAGAGCUGCGGUAUCUGUUGUUUGCGACAAAGAAUGUUAUAGGUCUACAGAAGAUGCCCUUAGAUGGGAAUCCUUGGAAACAUGUUGGAUUGCUGGGUCAUCCUAUACAGGUUAUAGACAUGUGUUUCCGAGAAGACAGCGGCACCUUGUUUACAAUUGGAGCGAAGGACAGUUGUAUGUGCCAAUGGGCAGCUAAUUACAGAUCAGUGGACUCGACUACAAAGCUAGGCGGCAGCAACCUAGACCCCUAUUACUGCUUAAUCGAAAACGGCCGCCCAGGCUGGCUGUUCCAGGAAAUCAGGGAUCUUUUCUACUACAUCCAGAUAUUGUGCCAAGGUACCUUCUCGCCGGCGGUGAGGCGCGUCAGGGAUUACAUACCAAUUGAUUCCUUACCUGAUCUAAUGAGAGCACUUGGCUACUUUCCUUCUGAAUAUGAGGUGGAAAAUUUAAUAGUGGAAGCGAAAUAUAAGGUCUUCUUACGGGAGCCGUGUUCGGAGAUAGAUUUUGAGGAGUUUGUUAAGCUGUAUUUGAACCACAGACCAGCAUUCGGGUAUAGCUACCAGCAGGUCCGCAACGCGUUCAGAAGUUUCGCCACGUUUCAGAAAGAGACAUACAUGAUGCAUCGUGAUGACUUUAUUGAUAUGUUGGGCUCGCAUGGGGAAUGUUUCUCCCGCGAGUUGUCAUGGUACCUCCUCUCCAUACUCUCUGGACACGGUUUCGAUGAUCGAGCGGUAAUUGCUGAAGAUGACUUCUCGUUUUUACCAGAGGAAAUCACAUUCAGCUAUCUGCUCACACAAAUAAUGGGCAUACAAGAUGUCGACAAUCUGUCUGAACAGUUCUCGGUAAUGGAGUCACUGGGCUCGCAGACAGUGUCCUCGGGGGAAUCGGAAGAGAAAAUCAACUGAUUUAUUUACGAUUUCAUUUAUUAUCUUCUCUGUUACCAAUAUAUUUUAUUACUGUACACAUUAAACUAAAUAUAAUUUUUCCAAAUUGUUUAUGUAAAACUUUCAAUUGUAUAUAAUUAGCAUACUUGUGCAAUAAACAAUUAAAUUAGACAAAAUAACGAUCUUUUUUGAUUUCGACUGGAUUAUAACUUAACUUCUUCCAAACUUCUUUCUUCUUCUACUUACAAAAAGUAAUGGAAAAAAUGGGAUAGUUAUUUAAUUAAAACGAGAAUGGGUGUGAAUUAAUAUAUAGAACUAGCUGACCAGACAGUCGACCUAUUGAACAAAUCUUAUAUAUAAAAUUCUCGCGUCACAGUUUUCGUUCCCAUACUCCUCCGAAACGGCUUGACCAUGAAAUUUUGUGAGCGUAUUGAGUAGGUUUGAGAAUCGGCCAACAUCUAUUUUUCAUCCCCCU